AAAAUACCUCAAACCUUAAACUUUGAUCAUCCCAUGAAUUUUUUCUACCAAUAUUCUCAUCUUGGUCUUCCAAAUUUCUUGUGUUUUUAGUUCCCCCAAAUGUCACUCAUUUCGUAACAAAAUAUUUUUCCUUUGACAACAACCAUGGUUUUUCCUGACAAUAUUCCAACCUCUAAGAUGUCACCGCCGCAAUUUGCUACAUCAAACAACGAUAUCGUUGAAGUGAGACCUCGAUUUCCAAUGAAAAAUGAAAACUUUGAACAACAUUCAACAUUGUAUCAACCCCAUUCCCUCAAAAGGGCAAGAAUUUCUGAUAACAAUCGUUCCAAUGCAUUGAUAUGCCUUCCUCCAAAGAUGGUUCUGCCUCCAUCAAACAGAGCAACCCACAUUUUCUACAAGACUCGAAUCUGUACUAAGUUCAGGUUUGGUACUUGUAGAAACGGUAAAGAUUGCAACUUUGCUCAUGGGGUUGAAGAACUAAGACAGCCACCAGGAAAUUGGCUGGAGCUAGUUAGUCCUUGCAACGACGAACAGAAGCAGCUGAGAAAUUGGGAGGAAGAUCAAAAAUUCAUUCACAAGAUGAAGCUAUGCAGGAUGUAUUCCAAUGGUGAGAAAUGUUUCUUUGGUAGUAAGUGUAAUUUUCGUCAUGAGGAUCCUGCUAAGUCUAGGGAUCAUUCUUGGAAGUCAGGAGAGUGUUCUUCUAUAAGCAUUGGGACUAUUGGUUCUUCAAAAUCAUUUGGGGAUGGCAUUAGGGCUGUGAACAAGCCAGCUAGGGGCACUUAUUGGAAGAAUAAUAUGUGUUUCCGUUGGCAGCAUCAAGGGAGCUGUCCCUUUGGGGAGGACUGUCACUUUUCUCAUGGAGAAGCAGCUGCAGUUGCAAUAGCAAAUUCAACAAAAGCUAUCAAUCCAACUUCACGAAAAGCCUUAACAGGUUCUGGCAAUGAUGCAUAUGCACCUACCACCUUCCCUGCAAGACUUGUGGCAAAGGAAGAGGAGCAGGCUAAGAAGAUGCAUUUACUUUGGUUGAAAUUAAACAAGAUCAAUCGUGUUUAUGGUGAUUGGAUUGAUGAUUCACUUCUUGUUCUUCCCAACCUGCCAAGUGCAGUGGAGAACUGA